AUGGCCUCGAGGCGGCGGCAGCGCGUGCCGGCGAACCGGCCCUUGCACUCGGGGCACUCGCUCACGCACAGCCGGCAGCGCGCGCACACGCUGUGCCCGUUGACGCACUGCUCGAUGGGCGGGAACAUGUGCUCCAUGCACACGGGGCACUCCAGCAGGCGCAGCAUCUCGUCCUGGGCUGCCUGCGGCGCUGCCGCCGACGCCGCUGCCGCUGCAGGCGAGGGCGAGCGCGAGAGCGCGCGGGAGGCAGGGCCGGCCCGCGCCUCCCCUUCGUCCCCGCUCGGACCCGCCCCCGGCCCCCGCCGCCCGCGCGCCCGACCCCCGAGUAACGACAUAACGAUUAUCUCGCCUCUUCUAGCCUCUGAACUGGCCUACGCGAUCCAGCGUCUGAACAAAGUGUGCUUCGGAUUCAAACAACUUAUUUCAAAGAAAAAUGAUAUGAUUACUUCAGGAAUGAAAAUUGGUUGAAUUUUUCCUGAAAUUUAAAAAUUAAUCUUAUUUAAUAAAAAUGGGUGACAAGAAAAAAGGAGGAGACGAAGAAGUAGUGGAUACACGCCUGGGAUUUCUCUUCGAUUAUUUAUUCAAGUCCUACAAGCUCAAAAUAGAAAAAUGGAAUAAACUCGUGGAUAAUGAUGAAUACAGGGAUGUACUUAUGAAAUUCUUUGGAAACCCCGACGAACGUGUUUUGACCAUAACGCUGACUCCUGCCGGCGCCUUGGUUCCGACGAUGUUUUUCCCCCAAAAUCCCAAAGGGAAAACAACGUAUUUUGUUCGCCGGCGACCAGAGGUGGUAACGAACGAAAAUGUAUAUGGUUUACUUCUUUGUGGAGAUAUGUCGGCUCAUCCUCUCGAAGAAUUCACGCUGUUGGUAGAUCAGGCGUGGCUACCGUUUCUGUCGAACGCCAAAAACCACCAAGGCUGGCCGUCUGUCAUCUCGGAAGACGUGAUGAAGCACACG